GUAUCAUCCCCUUCCCAUAUUUCUACCUAUAGUGCAUGUCAGUAGUCCCCAUAGAAACGGCAGCCAGAUUUUGCUUGUAUGGCUGUACAGGCUGUAAUUGCAUGUCACUUAAGUAGUGCACACGCACAUAGACAACCGCACCUACUGUACUUCAUAGAGGAGUGAAGGCACUUGCCUUUGGUUUUAGGGUCAUCGUUAUUGGCUGCUACGCAAUAUGGGUUACGGCGCAUCAGCGCACAAGGGAGCAGUGGCGCAUGGAAGUCCUAUGCAGGACUCUGCAGCAGGCUGGGAACUUGUACAGUGUUCGCCGUCAGGGCAUGAGCUGUUCCGAAGGCACGGCAUACCACCGGAUGUGGCAAAGACGUUUGUGGAUGAGCUCGGGUUUCGCAGAACUGAACACCUGGCCAUCAUUACUGAAGAGGACGUCAGGAGUCUCAAUCUGAAACCAGUCUUUACGAGACUGUUCUUGCGCAUUAUUCAACAUGCCAACAGCAGCCCUGCUCAAUCAGCAAUCUCUGCAUCCCCAAUGGUAACUACUGCUCCAACGACGGCCAAUGCCACGCCUUCAGCUGCUUCACGAAUUCCUCAGGGGCAGACCACCAAGUCCACAAAACUGAAGGACUGGGUUCAGAAGGGACUUGAAGUGGGCAGCACCUUCCUGGACACCGUCAAGCCCAUGAUCCCAUUCCCUGGGCUGAACACUUUGAGCGCCAUGCAACACAACGCAUGCACAUUCCUAAUGCGGGCUGGUAGUCUUCAUGGGCCUCGUGGCCAAGGCUAUGGCCAACAAGGAUAACCUUACCAGGCUGCAGGAGCGGGCGGUAGACCUGUACGACCUGAUUGUCGACAGGCACGUGCCACACGCAGCUGUGGUGGUGACUGGCGCUGCAGCAACACAACAACCCCAGCAACACCAGAAGGUGUCGAGCGCGUACGUGAAGCUGAUGAGUCGGUUCAAGGACCUGCUCACGGAGCUCAUCGAGUACGUCCGCGAGUUCUCCUCACACGGCUGGCUUGUCCACGUCAUCACCAGCAGCGGCGGCCAGCGGCAGUACGAGGGCUACGCACAGCAGCUGCGUGACCUGACGAUUGAGGCGCAGUUCGCGGUGUCGGUGGAUGUGGCCGGCAUGACGGAGGAGAUGCGGGCAGCCAUGGAGGAGAUGAAGUUACAGAUGGCUUACAUGGACCACAGCGCUGAGGCGCAUGCUGCCAUGGAGGAUUUGGGGGGCCUGGAUGCCGUGAUGGCUGACGAGGACAAGAUUCAGGCGGUGGCGGGGAAGCUGGACUUGGGGCAGAGGCUGACCAUCAUGAUAAUGAAGCAAGCGCUUGCCGCCCUGAAAGAGAGCAUGGCCGAGGAGGGCAACAAGGGCUUCCAUCGCAUUAUCCGUCACAUGGACCUGCGAGUUUUCUGGCACACUUUCUUCAACGGGAAAUGGAAGGUUCCCUGGCGCCGGUGGUGGUCGGAGUUCCCGAGUGGUCUGAAGGAGGUGUACUUGGAGCCAAACUACGUCGCAGCGUUGUGCGGCAUGUUGGACAGCGAUCAGGCGAAGCAGGCGUUCCAACAAGGUGUGGAGCCGGCAGACGCCGACAACAUCAGUGUGGUCGAACUCAAGCAGGCCUUCUCAACAGACGCUGACCUGCUGCAGCGCGUCCGCCAGCUCACAGGCAGCAGUGGCGACAGCGCUGCUGGCAGGGCUGUAGUGGGCAGCAAUGCACCUGAGCAUGCCAACACCCCGGUGGUACAGCCUGAGGGACCCCCAAGCCACACCCAACAUGGUGCUGUGGCCAAGUGCCGCCUGCCUGUGCUUGACCCGCUCUACACGGGCCGUGACGCCGAUGCAGAGCUGGUGGUGCGGCUGUUGAAGGAGCAAGCCGCAGCCCAACGCGGCGUGUGCCUGCUGGGCGGUGCGGGCCUGGGCAAGUCCAGCCUGGCGGUGGAUGUGGGGUGGAGGCUGGCCAGGGAGGGGGCGUGCCCAGGUGGCGCGUACUUUUGUGACCUGCGUGAGGCGCGGUCCGUGGACGACGUGCUGUUGCGCAUUGCGCUGGCGGUGGGGUGGAGUGUCACCACGGGCGACGACGCCCUCCUCAAGUUGCUUGCGUGGCUGCGCUCCACCUCGGCUAGUUGUGGCGGCGGUGUGUUGCUGGUGGUGGACAACGCCGAGGACGUGCUGCAGGCUGAUGGCGGGAGAGGCGAGGGUUUCAGGGACGUCAUGGCCCAGGUGUGCAAGGCUGCAAUGGUGCUGGUCACAUCGCGGGCGCCCAUGGCUGGACCAUCGCCAUCUGGCGGUAGCAGCAACAGUAGCUUUGUCGACCACCCGCUGCGUGGCCUUGCUGACGGCUCCAGCCGCCAGCUGAUCGCCUCGCUGUGGGUUGGUGCCUCCCCACUAGCAGCGGCUGAUGUGGAUGCCCUGCUGGACAUGUGCCGUGGGGUGCCGCUGCUGCUCCGCACGUGUGCGGAUGCUCUGGCACAUGGCAGAGUCACACUGGCGGUGUUGGAGGCUGCAUCCACCAACACAAGCAAUGAUAGCGCCGCCGCCCUGCUGCAGCUCACCUUGGCCUCCCUGCCGCUGCCACAACAACUGCUCCUUGUCCAACUGUCCGUCUUCUCAUCCCAACUUGAAGAGGAAUCUGUCGCAGUAGUGGUGAGCAGUGACAGCAGUGAUGUGUCACGUGUUCGUGCGCAGCUUGCGGUGCUGUACAGCCAUGGCUUGGUGGUGCGCAAUGUUGCUGACGGCACAUACAGCCUGCACAUGGUUGUGCGCACCACUGCAGCGGGGCUAGGAGGCAGGUUGGCCUCAGCAGCAUUGGCACGUGGAGCAGCUGCGGCCGAUAAAGCUGUCACCAGCAACGACCAGCAUCAACAGCAACAUCACCGGGAGUUCGCCAAGGCAUUGUUCUGUGCCCGUGAGCGGUUUGUGGGGCACGUCAUGGCUGUCUUCACAGAGUGGGGGCAGUUAUAUAUGACGCCUGACGCUCUGUUGGCGCUGCGCCUAGCACGGCAGCGUGUGCCAGACUUCUUGACAGUGGUCCAGAUAGCAGCAGCAGAAGCAGCAACGGCACCCAAGCUGUUGGAGCUGGUCUUGCAAUCUGCGACUCAGGAAUUGAAAUCUUUGCUGCUAGCUGUGGGUGGCGUCCUGACGCCCACAUUCUAUGACACCUGGCACAGAUUGGAGGCAGCAGCCAACGCACUGCGUGAUGGUCCCCUAGCACCCUGCCUCGCCAACUUUGACUCUAUGUUGGGUGGAGAGGCCGCACACCGGCGGGCGCUGGAGCUGCGCACCAAGGUGCUGGGCGCAGAGCACCCUGGCACCAUCACGUCCCUCAACGACCUGGCUGGCUGCAUUGGCAGGCAAGGCAAGUACAGCGAGGCAGAGCCCAUGUUCCAGCAGGCGCUGGAGCUGCGCACCAAGGUGCUGGGCGCAGAGCACCCUGACACCAUCAGCUCCAUCAACAACCUGGCUGGCUGCAUUGAGAGCCAAGGCAAGUACAGCGAGGCAGAGCCCAUGUUCCAGCAGGCGCUGGAGCUGUGCACCAAGGUGCUGGGCGCAGAGCACCCUGACACCAUCACGCCCCUCAACAACCUGGCUGGCUGCAUUGAGAGCCAAGGCAAGUACAGCGAGGCAGAGCCCAUGUUCCAGCAGGCGCUGGAGCUGUGCACCAAGGUGCUGGGCGCAGAGCACCCUAAAACCAUCACGCCCCUCAACAACCUGGCUGUCUGCAUUGGCAGGCAAGGCAAGUACAGCGAGGCAGAGCCCAUGUUCCAGCAGGCGCUGGAGCUGCGCACCAAGGUGCUGGGCGCAGAGCACCCUGACACCAUCAGCUCCAUCAACAACCUGGCUGGCUGCAUUUACAGCCAAGGCAAGUACAGCGAGGCAGAGCCCAUGUACCAGCAGGCGCUGGAGCUGCGCACCAAGGUGCUGGGCGCAGAGCACCCUGACACCAUCACGUCCAUCAACGACCUAGCCAGAUGCAUUGGCAGGCAAGGCAAGUACAGCGAGGCAGAGCCCAUGUUCCAGCAGGCGCUGGAGCUGCACACCAAGGUGCUGGGCGCAGAGCACCCUGACACCAUCACGUCCCUCAACGACCUGGCUGUCUGCAUUGAGAGCCAAGGCAAGGACAGCGAGGCAGAGCCCAUGUUCCAGCAGGCGCUGGAGCUGCGCACCAAGGUGCUGGGCGCAGAGCACCCUGACACCAUCACGUCCCUCAACGACCUGGCUGUCUGCAUUGAGAGCCAAGGCAAGGACAGCGAGGCAGAGCCCAUGUUCCAGCAGGCGCUGGAGCUGCGCACCAAGGUGCUGGGCGCAGAGCACCCUGACACCAUCACGUCCCUCAACGACCUGGCUGUCUGCAUUGAGAGCCAAGGCAAGGACAGCGAGGCAGCGCCCAUGCACCAGCUGGCGCUGGAGCUGCGCACCAAGGUGCUGGGCGCAGAGCACCCUGACACCAUCACCUCCCUCAACAACCUGGCCAGCUGCAUUUACCGCCAAGGCAAGUACAGCGAGGCAGAGCCCAUGUACCAGCAGGUGCUGGAGCUGCGCACCAAGGUGCUGGGCGCAGAGCACCCUGACACCAUCACGUCCCUCAACAGCCUGGCUGUCUGCAUUGAGAGCCAAGGCAAGUACAGCGAGGCAGAGCCCAUGUACCAGCAGGCGCUGGAGCUGUGCACCAAGGUGCUGGGCGCAGAGCUCCCUGACACCAUCACGUCCCUCAACAACCUAGCCAGAUGCAUUGGCAGGCAAGGCAAGUACAGCGAGGCAGAGCCCAUGUUCCAGCAGGCGCUGGAGCUGCGCACCAAGGUGCUGGGCGCAGAGCACCCUGACACCAUCAGCUCCAUCAACAACCUGGCUGGCUGCAUUGACAGCCAAGGCAAGUACAGCGAGGCAGAGCCCAUGUACCAGCAGGCGCUGGAGCUGUGCACCAAGGUGCUGGGCGCAGAGCACCCUGACACCAUCAGGUCCCUCAACAACCUGGCUGUCUGCAUUUACAGCCAAGGCAAGUACAGCGAGGCAGAGCCCAUGUACCAGCAGGCGCUGGAGCUGUGCACCAAGGUGCUGGGCGCAGAGCACCCUCACACUAUCAACUCCAUCAACAACCUGGCUGUCUGCAUUGGCAGGCAAGGCAAGUACAGCGAGGCAGCGCCCAUGCACCAGCAGGCGCUGGAGCUGCGCACCAAGGUGCUGGGCGCAGAGCACCCUGACACCAUCAGCUCCAUCAACAACCUGGCUGGCUGCAUUGACAGCCAAGGCAAGUACAGCGAGGCAGCGCCCAUGCACCAGCAGGCGCUGGAGCUGUGCACCAAGGUGCUGGGCGCAGAGCACCCUGACACCAUCACGCCCCUCAACAACCUGGCUGUCUGCAUUGAGAGCCAAGGCAAGUACAGCGAGGCAGAGCCCAUGUACCAGCAGGUGCUGGAGCUGCGCACCAAGGUGCUGGGCGCAAAGCACCCUGACACCAUCACGUCCCUCAACAACCUAGCCAGAUGCAUUGGCAGGCAAGGCAAGUACAGCGAGGCAGAGCCCAUGUUCCAGCAGGUGCUGGAGCUGCGCACCAAGGUGCUGGGCGCAGAGCACCCUGACACCAUCACGUCCCUCAACGACCUGGCUGUCUGCAUUGAGAGCCAAGGCAAGGACAGCGAGGCAGAGCCCAUGUACCAGCGGGCACUGGAGCUGUGCACCAAGGUGCUGGGCGCAGAGCACCCUGACACCAUCACGCCCCUCAACAACCUGGCUGUCUGCAUUGAGAGCCAAGGCAAGUACAGCGAGGCAGAGCCCAUGUACCAGCAGGCGCUGGAGCUGCGCACCAAGGUGCUGGGCGCAGAGCACCCUGACACCAUCAGCUCCAUCAACAACCUGGCUGGCUGCAUUGAGAGCCAAGGCAAGUACAGCGAGGCAAAGCCCAUGUACCAGCUGGCGCUGGAGCUGUGCACCAAGGUGCUGGGCGCAGAGCACCCUGAAACCAUCGCCUCCCUCAACAACCUGGCCAGCUGCCUCCUCAAUCAAAGGAAGUACAGCGAGGCAGAGCCCAUGUGCCAGCGGGCGCUUAACGAUUUACUUAAUAAUAUAAGAUAGGGAACGCUUGGAUGCUAGAUGGUUGACCCCUGAGGUGGAGGUGCCCCCACAGGAGUAUGAAGAGUCCAGGGGUGUUAAGUCGUGCCUCUAUGCCCAGUGGAUGGGACUAGCAGGGGGGUGAUCACAAAGCAAGGCAGAUCCCAUGUACCAGCGGGCACUGGAGCUGUGCACCAAGGUGCUGGGCGCAGGGCACCCUGGCACAAUAUGUACUGCCCUCCGUUCGUUUCUAUAUGUUCUUGCUAGGAAGCCAGAGCAGGGUGAGCCAAGUAGUCUGUUCGCCUGAAGGGGGCCUGCUGGGUGUUGCUUGGUACCCGUCGGGUGAUUGCCUGGGGGUGUUUUGGCUUUCUUAGUUGCCUGCCAACUUUAGGUGCUGGCUGGAGCUGCAGCGGGGUUUCGCCCUUGUGUGCCCCUGUUCCCGUUUUUGCCCGGCUGUGUUCGCUGUGUUCGCUGGCCUUGCCUCGGGAAUGCAGGGGCUGUCAGGCGUCCUUGGGACUCUUGGUUUCCCACGGAAGACACAUCCAGAUGGUUCAAGGAUGUCAAUAGAGACAACGUUCGCAUGGAUCCGAUAUAUAGCUCACGUUAUUUACUGGGCCCAGCGUGCUGGUACUGUAGGUCUCUAGGUUGUCUGACUCGCUAGUUGCCUUGGGGCUAAUGGGGCUAUGUUUGUGUGAUGUUCCCCUUCCAGCUAUUGUGGUAUUAACUGCUGGUGUCAUCGUCAGUUAACAAAGUUGCACAACAGCGAUCUACACAUGCUCCUCUGAUGAGGCAAUGGAGCCUAAUUGUGCAGCCAUGUACGUGCAUUGUACGAUGGCGACACCUGUUGCACUGCACUGGCAAUGGCGGUGCUUAGCAUGCGUGUGCUCUUAGUUUCCUUCUUUCCCCGUUAUUUGGUGGGGGCUACUCUCAGUGGCCACAAUGACCUGCCUGCCGUCACUUCUGGGUUCGACAGCACACGCAAGGUUUCUCAUCAGUGUACGGGAUAUGGUUACAACUUACAAGUAUGGCAGAAGGAUGGGUGUUGUGCGUGUGUGUUCCUGGUGCCGCCUUUUGCAUGGCAGUAUUUAGCAUCCGUACUUUGGAACACGCUGUUUGGUGGGGGCUGUUUAUGGCGGCCACAGUAGUGAGGCAUGUUUCAACUCCUGGUGCUGCUGUUUGGUGUGUGGGUGCUCCGGAUCAAUAUGAUGUGGUAGUGAGGUCAAGCAUGGGUGCUGUUGUUUCUAGUUUUGGACUGUUAGACAUCUAAAGCCGAGACACAUUUACAGUGUUAGACAACAUUAUUACAAAAGCUUCACUUGACUUUUGAGCAACAGCAACAACUCUAAACAAAGAU